CUCACAGUUGCACGAACACUGCUCAACAUGUUUUUGUUAUAUUUAUUAGAACUAUUGAUUUUCUAUCAGUCAGUGAAGAAGAUGAAAGUCUACAUUUGUUUUCUGAUUGUUUUAGACAGCAAAGCCUUUGUUGUACCCACAGAAAAAAGGAUGCCACUCUCCUCUAAACUGCACAUGUCUCCUGGAGGUUUCUUCAACGCGUCCUCAUUGAACGAGCCUCAGUCCCAAAAAGAAACAAUACUCUUCCCACUCCAAAGAACAAUACCUGUGGUACCCAGAUUUUCAGGCACAUACCGGAGACACUCUACAGUGUUUGUCAUGGGACCUCAAAUGAGCAAGAAUUCACCUGUUUCUAUUCCUCUACGAGGUCCAUCUCUGGCUCUGCCGCCAGCAGGCCCUGCACAUCUUUACAGACCACAAGUUUAUGUAUUCCGACCACCUGCACCCGCACCCUUACCACCUGUUGAGAACAGAGGUUCUCAGCUGGAUGCCCGUUCUACCGCGCCAGACCCGGCACAACCGUGUAGCACUCGAGUCGCUGUGAGAUCGCCUCCAUUGGCGCCUCAGGCCCAAAGGCCAGUGUCUCCGCUCUUCGUUUUCCUGCGCCGCACUGUUCCCGCUGUGGCGCCUCCUCCGGUGUCGCGUUCAGGUCCACGCUUUGUGUUUGCAACAGGCCGCGCAGCCAUUCCUGGUGUAUUGUUUGUGCCUGGUCAGAAGACCCUGUCAGCACACUUAACAUCUCCAAGACUUCCGCCAGGCCCACAGCCCAGUCUUACAAUACGUCAGCCCCAGCCACCAUCUCCACCUCUUCCCCCUGCAAUAAUUCCAACCUCAAUGCCCAGGAUCCCAUCCCUCCCAAGCAUUGUAAAUCUGCAAGGUCGAAUUAUUGUCAUACCAUAUGUCUUUGCUCCUCAUAAUCGUUUACACAAGCAAAAGCUUAUGGCUCACCCUAGCCUCACAACGGGUUCCCCAACUACAAGCUCUGCUGUAUCCACUGUUGGUAAAACAAGCGCUCUUGCCACAACUGUAGCUACCACCACCAAAGGAUACACGACUACAGUCGACACAACAACAGCUAGUACAACUAUAACAACUGUAUCUGUUGAUAAAACAACUUUAGCUGAAACCACUAUAUCUGAAAAAAACAUAUCUGGCACCACUUUAGCUGCCACUACAACAGCAACUACAGCUGAAACAACAGUAGCUGAGACAACUGUGGCCGAAAUGACAGUAGCAGAGACAACUGUGGCCGAGAUGACAGUAGCUGAAACAGCGGCAGCAGAUGUAACACUUAUUACUGCUGCUAUUCUAGAUGACACAACUACAGCUGAAACAACAGUAGCUGAGACGACUGUCGCCGAGAUGACAGUACCAGAGACGACUGUGGCCGAGAUGACAGUAGCUGGAACAGCUGCGGCAGAUAUAACACUUAUUACUGCUGCUAUUUUAGACGACACAACUACAGCUGAAACAACAGUAGCUGAGACGACUGUGGCCGAGACAACUACAGCUGAAACAACAAUAGCAGAGACGACUGUGGCCGAGACAACAAUAGCCGAGACUACGGUGGCCGAGACAACUGCAGCAGAGACAACAGUAGCUGAGACGACAGUGGCCGAGACAACUACAGCCAAGACAACGGUGGCCGAGACAACUACAGCUGAGACAACAGUAGCUGAGACGACGGUGGCCGAGACAACUACAGCUGAGACUGUGGCUGAGACCACUACGGCUAAAAAAACAGUAUAAUAUGUUAGAUAGUAUUUCCCUCUUCUGGAAAUAAGUGACAAUACAAAGAAUUGCAAUUUAUUCAUGGUUAAGGUAAAAAUAUGUGGUGCCAUUCUAAAAGGCGAUUCUUUUAAAAUAUCCUGUUGUUUGUCAUUUAUUCACUAAUUGUGCUUUUAACAACUCUUGUCGAGACUUUUGGACUUAAAAAGUUAUCUCACUGAUCCCUCUUGUGACCAAUCUUGGUAAUGUACACAAAUUGAGCUGGAGAAACUUUAUUCUAAACUAGGUUAAUUUAGGGUCUGCUAGAAUGCCAUAUUUUCAUUGCAAUCUUUUUGUUAAAAGGAUACAUACAGUACUCAAUAUAAAUAAAACCGACCCACAAAUCUACUGUAUUUCUGUUUAAAAAAUAAAGCCAUGACUAGAGGAAAACUAGUCACUGCCAAAAUUGCUGCAUAUUAAUAACUUAGCCAUAUGUGACAUGAGAAAACGAUGAGUUUUGAAACAACUAAAUACAAAAGGCAGAAUGUUGUUGUUUAGAUGUAGAAUAGUAUGUUUUACGAUGAAAAGGUUUUAUCUGUCACGUGUAUAAGCAAUGGCACUUUUCUGUUUUGUUUUACCUUGUAAAGAAGCAUAUAAAGAUUCUCUUAAUCCCAAUGUAACACGGUCAGUCAUUGUUAGCAAAUGUUUUACCAGGCUAAAGAAUAAUUCAACACUGAGCAUAUACGUUUACAGUCUUAAAAAUGUACUAUUAUAAGUGCUACCUGAGUUUGUCUUCCAGAAAUCCAACUACAUUUACUGUAGUUGACAUCUUUAUCUUGUAUUUUAUAUUAACUUCCUGUCAUCAAUGUUUUACAAACCAUGUGCUCUGGCAAUUUU